CUUUCCCAAGCGCCUCCCACCAUUUUUUUAUCACACAGACCAGAAGCAUUAACACAUGGGUUGUUCCUUUGAACUAUCCAAUUCCCCCCUACAAAUCAAUAUUAUCUUAAUGGGUAUAGCUGCCUUAUGUACAUUCAUGAUUCCAAGAAAAGGACCUUUCACCUAUUACAUACUCUUGUGAGCUAAACAUUCCAACCAACUCAUGUAGGAGUUUCUAGUAAUGGAUACCCAUGGUAAGCAAAGAAGAGGCUUCUUUGGUGCUUACCGUUCUGGUGCCAGACCGGAAUCAGAUGCAGCAGCUGCCAAGGCAAGCAAACCAGUACUGUCAAGAAAUUGGGUUCUAAGAAAAUCAAAGACUCAUCAUGAGAAGGAGCAAGCUGGACGCGGCGAUACACCGGUGGCGGUGGUGAACUUGGUGGAGUCAAGGAAAUCUGUAUCACAUGUAGAAACAAACCUAUCAUCAGUGGCUUCAUUCCUUCAAGUGAAAGUUCUUGCUACAGACAUGCCAGGAUACAUGCAGGUUCAUGCCUUCAAGUGUGCUAGAAGAACUUAUGAUAGCUUAGAGAAGUUUAGCACUAAACAUAUGGCUCACAACAUUAAGAAGGAGUUUGAUAGAGUGUAUGGCCCUGCCUGGCAUUGCAUUGUGGGCUCAAGUUUCGGAUCUUUCGUGACACAUUCUACAGGUUGUUUCCUUUAUUUUUCAAUGGAAAAUAUAUUUGUUUUAGUGUUUAAGACAAAGGUUCAGAGAGCAAAGUGAAUGAAGAAACUUACAUAUAUUAGAGGCCCAGAGCUGGGUUUGACCUCUUUAUAUGUUUCAUCAUUAUAAUAUUUCUUUUCUUAAGAAAGAUGUAUAUGUAAUAUGUUACAAUCAUAAUAAUGCUUUAUGAGUUUAUAUAAAUAUUUUAAGAUCAGUAUUUUCUUA